UUAGAAGUUAUGGUAAGUUUCAGCUGUUGAAAGCAAAUGAAAUCAAUUUAUUCACGUUUUUGUUGCUUCGAAGAUUUAUUAUUUUGAUGAUUUUGAUGAAAAAUGUUGAUCAAUAAAAUUUGUAAGUUAACUUGUAAUUAUGGACAUACAUUCAAUAGAUUUAUAUCUACCACAUCGAUAAAGAUGGUCCGAAAAUUGGUCAUUGAGGAAAAUGAUAAUGUUACUGUGGUCAAAGGAGUUGAAAUCGAUUCUGAUAGGAAGCAAAGUUUGAUUCCAUCAGUUGAGAAGAAUCCGGCCUGUCCUCUGUGCAGAUUAAAUUUGAAGAAUCUUUCUUAUACGGAUAUUCUUAUAAUCGGACAAUUUGUCGACGAAAAUGGUAAAAUGAUGGCUCGGGAAGAUACAAGACUUUGUAAUCGCCAAUACGGAAUUGUCAAGCACCUAAUUCGUAAAGCUCAAACUUGCCGUUUAUUACCACGACCAAAAGAUUGGCCUGAAGCUGCUGGUACAUAUGAUAAGCUGAAUAGCUACUAUAUGUAUCCAUACAAAAGACGUGAUGACAUGUUUUGGACUGUCAAAGAUAAAUAUUGGAAAUAGUUUGAAAUUUGUAGCAUUAUGUAAAUAGAUUGUUAAUAGUAAACUUUUCUCCUCAAAAAUUUCAUGAUAGA